UUUUAACACUGAUGUCGUGGCAUGAUAUAAUAAGGCCGAGCUUCAUGUAAAUAUUAAAUUUCUGCAGAUGUUCAGUAGUCAUUACUACUUUGUGUGAACAGCAAAUAAACUUAUAACAAUUCAAUACAAAAUACAACCCUGUCAUUCAGCAUUGAAUCCAUUUACAUACAACUUAACUAUUUUGACAAGCAGCAAAAUAUUUGUUUUCUUCGUUUGUGUUUUUUCACAAUAUUUCAGUCUAGUUUUGUAAAUGACACAGAAGUCAAAAUAUUGAAAACUUUUUUACUAUUUCUGUGAAAUAAAAGGAAAUAAGAUGCCGAAAUAUUAUUGCGAUUAUUGUGAUACAUAUUUAACACACGAUUCUCCAUCUGUGCGAAAAACACAUUGCACCGGACGAAAGCACAGGGACAACGUUAAAUUCUACUAUCAAAAAUGGAUGGAGGAGCAAGCGCAACAUUUGAUCGAUGCUACCACAGCUGCAUUUAAAGCUGGUAAGAUUACACAAAAUCCGGGCGUUGCGAUACCCCCUCCAAAUAUGGCGCCACCUCCGCGUCCAGGUCUGAUGCCCGGUGGACCAGGCAUGCCGCCGAUGAUGAUGGGUCCACACGGAGCUAUGCCACCGCCAAUGAUGGGUAUGCGACCGCCGCCAAUUAUGGGACCGAUGGGGCCAAUGAUGGGACCACCACCGCCCUUGGGGGCUUUAGGUGUUCGACCACCUAUGAUGAAUGGCCCUCCCCCGAAUAAAUAACAAAAUACUUUGAGCAAAAGUAGAUGAGAAAAUAACACAAAAGAAUAUAAUGUAUAAUUUCGUUUAAAUAUUUGCAUUUCAAAAUAAAGAUUUUAAUUUAAUUUCACUGUAA